UUGCGACGUUAUACCGCCACGAAAGAAUAAAUAAGUUUAUAUAUAUUCUUUCUCUUCAGCAGCAAAGUGACGUUUUUUUAGGUAAACAUGUCAGAAUCUGACGAUCAGUUAGAAUCAGAUAACGAAUUACACACCAGAAACAUAAAUCUAGAUAAUGAUGAUAAUGAAAUGAGUGAUGAAGAAAGCGAUAAGGACACAACAGACACGGACAGCGAAUCUAGUGAUCCAUCUGAGAAUGAAGAACCUGUUAAUGAAACAACAGACGAUUCUCCCCAAAUUUGGCAGAAUUUAGCCAAACAUAAAAAUGCUUCUCUUCAAGACAUGGUCAAAAUUUGUGAUCAAAUUGGAGCUAAAAAAGUCAAGAACGAAAUGUUGUCAAAAUCUUUUAAAGGUGAUGCUAAUAAGCAACAAACUUUUAAACGAGAAAACAAAAAUCGGCCGCAAGAAAUCUCUUCCAAAAUCAAAGUCCCGAAAAUGAGACAAGUGGUCGUUGUUCCAAAAUCAGCAACAGCCACAAGAGAUCCUCGGUUUGAUGAUUUGUGUGGAAGUGAAUAUAAUGAAGAAUUAUUUAAUAAUCGCUAUCAGUUUUUGGACAAUAUUAAACAAAGGGAAAAGUUAAAUUUAAAAAAACAAGUGAAAAAGACGAAAAGAGGUACGAAAGAUCAACAACAACUGAAGUAUUUGUUGUCUCGCAUGGAGCAACAAGAAAUAGCUAAGAAACAAAGAAUGGAAAAGAGAGAAGAGGAGAGAAAAUGGAAAAAAGAGGAAAUGAAAAAAGUUAAACAAGGCAUUAAAAGGCCUUAUUACCUAAAGAACUCUACAAAAAAUAAAAUGGUAGCAGAGUUAAGAAACAAAGACGGUGCCGCAUCAAAUAAAAGCGAAAUUAGGAAAGAAAAGAGACAAAAAUCUAGAGAAAGUAAAGUUAUGCCAUAUACACGAAGAGUAAUUGGAAAUUAGAAAGUUAAUUUUGUCUUUUUCAUUGUUCAUUUUCUACUGACUAAAGUAAAGUAUGUCUGUUGUGGUAAUGGGCCGACUCACUUAAAUUUUCUCUUUUUCAUUGUUUCUUUCUACUGACUAAUUAGUAAAGUAUGUCUUGUGUGUUUGUUGUAGUGCAACCUAUUUAGCUGUAACAAGUUCUUUUUUUUAUUGUAAAGUUUUACAUAAGAAAAUCUCACCUUAUUAGUUGAAAGGUUUUGCUUUUGAUUAUAUUUGUUUUUUUUUGAAUUGGGUGCUGUGAUAUAAACGGAUCCCAAAAAACUCAUAAUCUUUUCAUUAACAAUCUCUUGUAUUUAAAGUGACGCCGUACAAACUACAUUGAAAUUUUUAUGCUCACAGAACAACAAAAUAGCAUAUAAAUAUAAACUUUCUAUCUUUACACAAGUGAGAAAAGACAUCACAAAAAUCGACAAAAAAACUGCGAAAAAAACAAACAUUCUUGGAAUUUUUUUUGUACAACAAAUAAAAAAAAAAGAGUGUUGAACUCCAGUUAGAGGCACUGUUGGGGCAUGUACGUAAAAACACAGUCAGAAAUUUUAAAUUAAACAAUUUUCAAACAAGUACAUUAAACUGUAAAUUAGUACUAACCAUUUUAAAAUACCAAAAAAAUGCCGCAAAAUCACUAGCGUUUUGUCACAUACAGAAUAAACCUCUUCCAUACAUAAA